UCGAUGUACCCCUUCGUCUCGGCCCGCCGCCGCCUCCUCCGCUCGAGCCGCACCGCGCAGCCGCCGGCCCAAACCCUAUGGCUCGCAAAGCGCGACCCGCGGAGCCUCCUACACCGGGGCGGAAGGGCAGGAAACCUCUCCCCUCCCACGCGCCGCCGACCGAAGCCGCCGCCGCCGCCGCCACCGCCGCCGCCUCUCCAGCCGCAGCCACCGCCUCUCCAGCCGCAGACGCCAUGGAGGCCGAAGCGGGCGGCGUGGCCAUCGUGUACGACGCGCUCCCGGGGCUGACACUGGCGUUCUCGCCGGAGGAGGAGGAGCACCUAGAGGGUGCGACUGCCGACCUAGGCGGCGCGUCGACCUCCGCCUCGGCUGCGGUGGUGGAGGAGGUGGAGGACGCCACCGCGGCCUACUCCGUGUUCCGCAACGAGAUCACGGCGGCUGGGGACGCGCUCGUCGAUAUCCCCGCGGCGGAUUUCUUCUCCCUCGACGUGUCGGCGGCAGUUGAAGACGAGCCGGCCACCCCGCGUGCGUUGUCGCCGCAGCCUGCUCCGGAGGCGACGCUAUCGGGUUCUCUAGCUCCCGCUGAGCAGCCAGCGCAGGGGUCGGAGCGCGCGUGGUUUCGGGGAGGGAGGCGGUUCAGGAGCCCUAUGCUGCAGCUUCACAAAGAGAUUCUUGACUUCUGUGACUUUAUAUCACCUUCUGCUGAAGAACAAUCUUCACGAACAGCUGCUGUGAAAGCUGUCUCCAAUGUUAUCAAACAUAUAUGGCCUCAAUGCAAGGUGGAGGUCUUCGGAUCUUUUAGAACAGGGCUGUUUUUACCAACAAGUGAUAUCGAUGUUGUAAUAUUUGACUCCAGGGUUAAGACUCCACAAGUUGGCCUGUAUGCUCUUGCAAAAGCAUUGUCUCAGAAAGGGGUUGCUAAAAAGAUACAGGUAAUAGCAAAGGCCCGUGUGCCAAUUGUGAAGUUCGUGGAGAGAAAAAGUGAAAUAGCUUUUGACAUAAGUUUUGACAUGGAUGGUGGACCACAAGCAGCAGACUUCAUCAAGGAUUAUGUGAAGAAGUUUCCUGCUUUAAGACAUCUGUGUAUGAUUCUGAAAGUUUUUUUACACCAAAGAGAGCUUAAUGAGGUCUAUACGGGUGGAAUUGGUUCAUAUGCUCUUCUCACUAUGCUCAUCACACAUUUACAGUUGAUCUGGGGAGGCAAAGAUAUACUGGGGUAUCGUAAAAAGGAGCACAAUUUGGGGAUUCUUUUGAUCGCAUUAUUUGAUUUUUAUGGACGCAAGUUGAACAAUUGGGAUGUUGGAAUAUCCUGCAAUUCUGCUAGGACCUUUUUCUUGAAGACUGAUAAAAACUUUGCAAAUCCUGAUCGAGCAUACCUUCUAGCUAUUCAAGAUCCUAUGGUACCAGAUAAUGAUAUUGGGAAGAACUCAUUUAACUAUUUCAAGGUGAAAUCAGCAUUUUCAAAGGCUUAUUCUGUGUUAACCGAUGCGAACUUGAUAACAAGCUUGGGGCCCAAUAGGAGCAUUCUGGGUACCAUUGUCAGACCAGACUCCGUGCUCCUAGACCGGAAAGGCUGGAACAAGGACGCUACAAUACCUGACAUGUUAACAGAACCCUGGGAACCAUUACCCCGUCAGUUUGAUAGCGAUAAUGAUGCAGUCUAUAAUUGGCAUGUGAUAGAUGAUGAACCACUGCCCAGGAAUACUCGAUCCUCAUCGGAGGACACAAGGCCAUCACCUACACAAAAAAGGAAGUCUUCCAAACCAAAACAGAGAUCGCGGAAAAAGGCCAAGGCUGAUUCUUCGAGUGGUAACAAUGCUGAAAAUGGUUUCAAGCGGGGGAAAGGAUUAGCACAAUGUGAUAGAUCGCAUCAAAGUGCAGGAAGCAGCAGACGGAGCAAAGGGCCGAGAGAGUAUGACAGAUUUACAAAUACCCUCCCACAAUAUACUCAGCACAUUAGUAGGUGGUGACUUUAGGCUGUUACUGAUAGCAUUUACAGUACAGUUCGGGAUUGGGAGAUCCCACGAGGUUUUGACAGGCAGAAUGGCGCCUUGGCAGACGUCGAAGUUCAAGCAGCUUUCUGUAGCCAUAUGUAUGAUUUAUUAUUUAUUUGUUUGUCUAAGGUUAUUCGGUCCUUUGUAACGCCGAUGAAACCGAUAUAUUCAGUUAUAUUAUCAUCGUAUGAACUGCAAUUUCGCCAACUUGUCUAUGGCAAAGUUUCAGACUAUUAAAAAUUAUCUUUGGCUGGAACGUGAA